GUUGCUUGUUCCGGACCGUUUCCCGCUCCGCCACAACUGGCCGGCCAAAUUGAAAUGCCACGCCUCAUUACCCAGGGCACAAAGUUCGAAGGUUGCAUCAUCCUGUUCAUGCUGCUCUACUUCUUUUCCAUGGCCAGUUCCAUCUGGUGGGUUGUACUGACCAUCACCUGGUACCUGGCCGCGAAAUGUCACUGGGCGCACGAGGCGAUCUCGCGAAAUGCGCAGUACUUGCAUUUUGCCGCCUGGGCUAUCCCGGCCGCGAAAACAAUCGGGAUUUUGGCAUUCGGUAAAGUGGAUGGGGAUCCGUUGUCCGGCGUGUGUUUCACCGGUCUGACCGAUCCAGUGAUUCUACGCAUUUUUCUGAUCGCUCCACUCUGUCUCUACUUGGUGAUUGGCACGGGAUUCCUGUUUGCCGGUUUCGUGUCCCUGUUCAAAAUUCGUACCAUCAUCAAAACGGGUGGUUCGAAAACAGACGAUUUAGAAAAAUUGAUCAUGCGUAUCGGUGUGUUCAGUUUGCUCUAUAUUGUUCCGGCCAUAGUUGUGAUUGCUUGCUAUCUGCACGAGUCUCGAAUGGCCGAGAAGUGGAUGCUCACUUGGUACACAACCGAGGUUUGUCGCAAAGUCGAUCCGUAUCAGAUGACCGAUUCGAUUUGCCCCGGACAUUUCCGACGCUUGGUCGAUGCCAGCAGUCCGGAUGUGGUCCCGCAUCCGAGCACGGUGAAUGGGGGUUCCGUCGCAGACGCACAGGCACGGGCUGAGACCAUUUUGGCCCGGUGGUCUGCUUUGGAAAAACCGGAAUUUGAAUUAUUCAUGAUCAAGUAUCUGAUGACUCUAAUCGUGGGCAUAACCAGUGGGAUUUGGAUUUGGAGUGGAAAAACUCUCCUGUCGUGGCAACGGUUUUUCGCACGAUUAUGUCGACGUCGUACCUGUUGCGGUCAGAAACGAGACGAUGUGCAAAUUGGUCCGCCCGCGAUCGACAGUCGACGACAUGCGCACUCAACUCUGAACCCGAAUGUGUCGACCAAUCCCGGUGCGGUUCCUUUGCUACAACGCAGUAUGCCCUCCGGUGGUACACAUGUUGGUCAGACGUUUGUAUUCAGUCAAGAUUCGGUCCCAGUAGGUGGUGGAUGGGCUUCACGGGGAGCACCUUCAGGUGCCACCGCUCCACCCGAUGGUACGGGCACGGCCACGAGUUUCGCUCCGGGCUGGAUUGGACCGGGUAAACCGGUACCAAGUGCCACGGGAACAGGUCCUGGUCAGCCCGGAUUGAUGAAUCCAAAUAUGGGUUUGGGAUCAUCAAACAAUCAGUCCGGGGCACCGAAUACCGGUCUCGGUCUGGUCUGA